UCUCGCCAUUUACACUUUAUCAAUCUUAAUGCAUUGUUUAUAUGCACCGAGUGGGCACAGCAGACACAAUGUCAUUUGCUUUUCUUCAUUACUUUAGGUGUUUCCAUCUGCACCUCCCAAACAACCAAAGGAAGGCGAUCGUCAUGAGUCAGCUGGUGAUAUGUGAUGUACCUAUACAAUUAAAACAAGGGGACAUAACCAAAGAAGUUGGAGAUGCCAUAGUAAAUGUAAAUAAUAAAACACUGAAUCAAAACUUUGGGGUGUGCCAAGCCGUUCUAGCAGCAGCUGGGAAGUCUGUUGUAGACGAAUGCCAGCGUUUAGUCAAAAAGCCUCAUGGUGACGUUGUUGUAACUGAAGCUGGAAAUCUGAAAUGCAAAAAAAUCAUUCAUGUUAUUAAUGCAACGCAGGCAGCUAAGAUUGUGGCUAGUGUGAAGGAAGCACUCAAAGAAUGUGACCAACAUAAACUAGAAACUGUGUCUUUUCCUGCACUCGGAACAGGUGCUGCCAGUUUAGACACUCUGACUUCCUCAGAUGCAAUCUUUACUGGCAUUGAGCAGUAUUUAUCAGAGUCCAAAGAAUCCUGCGUUACACAAAUUUCUAUUGUGGUUCUUACUCAGGAAGCUUACGACCAAUUUUUGCUGUUUUUCCAAAACAAAAUUUCCAGUCUCCAGAAAAGUGAUUGCCAUCUCAUGCUUUGUGGGAAAUAUGUUGAAUUAAUUAAGGGUGACAUCACAGAUCAAACUGUUGUCUGUAUAAUCAAUGUGACAAACCAAACUCUGGACCAAAGUCAUGGUGUUUCUGGGGCUAUAUUUUCAAAAGCUGGAGAUACUGUCAAACAAGAAUGCAAACAAAAUGGUAAAUUGGCCCCCAAUGGAAUUGCAGUAACAAGUAGUGGAAAUCUGAAAUGCAAGAAAAUCAUGCACCUGGUUGGUCCAGCAAUGUUGACUUUAAUUGUGCCUUUCCUUGAACAAGUACUACAAGAAUGCAACAAAUAUUCAUUCAGGAGUAUAGCACUGCCUGCCAUUGGAACAGGAAUAGCAAAACUUGACCCCAAAAAGUCAGCUGAAGAAAUUCUAAAAGGCAUAAGAACCUAUUUUGAGAAAGUCACAGUCUCAAGCCUCCUCCAGGUCUACAUAAUUGCCUACAGUGAUGAUGUUUUUCAGUCCUUCUCAGAGGUUUUUAAGUCACAAACUCCUAAAACUGAGGAAAAUGAGGAAGAAGAUGAGGAAGAAAAUAAAACAGAAAAUGAGGAAGAAAAUGAGACAGAAGAUGAGGAAGAGUACAUAUUUCAGUAUUCCUCAGAGGAAGAAGAAACUGAAGAUUUGUCAUUAAACCAAAUGCAAUCAGUAAUUGAUACUCCAGCCACAUGGAGUGACAUGACUAAUAAAAGCCACAUAACUGUUGAGCUAAAAACAGACUCUGAUGAACAUCGAACAAUUGAGAAGGAUUUUCUCACAUCAGCGGGGAAAAGCACCACUAAAGUGAUAAAAAUUGAAAGGAUUCAGAAUAUAAAGCUAUGGAGAAGUUACUCAGUUAAAAGGGAUUAUGUUCUGACUCUGUACCCAAACCAGGAAAUUGAAAAUGAUCUCUAUCAUGGAACAACCACUGAAACGGCAAAGAAGAUCAGUUUGCAUGGAUUUAACCGGAGUUUCUGUGGGAAAAAUGCUGUAUGUUAUGGGAAAGGAACCUAUUUUGCUAAAGACGCCUCAUACUCUUGUCAAGAACAAUAUGCUGCUACGGACAGAGACGGGUAUAAGCAUGUCUUCCAAGCAAAAGUCAUAACUGGAAAAUGGUGUUUGGGGCGACCAGCAUUUGUGGAGCCACCAUCAACCUCUUCAGAUUCAGACAUCAUGUACGACAGUGUAGUUAAUGAUGUUAAUAAUCCAGCAAUCUAUGUUAUCUUCUGUGAUGAUGGUGCUUACCCUGAAUAUUUAAUAACAUUCAAACAGUAGAUAAAAAAAAACAACAUUCACACGUUGCACUGUCACUUUGCAGCCUUUAUGGAGAAUUGAACUGCCCCUAGAACCUAGCACUGAUCAACUGACCUCAACUGGACCUCCACCCUGCUACCUCUAUGCAAAAUGUAUUCCAUUUAAAAGUGUUGCUGAAUCUGCCAUAAACAUGCAGAGGUGCCCAGCCUGUUUGUAUCCCCUUUAUUCAAUCCUCUUACAUGGAGCCUGCAUAACAUGCCUAGUUGAAGCUACUCCCGGACCUAGCUACAACUGCGCAUGCUCAGACAGGCUCUGUGUUAGCUAACUUACAGAAGAUGAUCCAAGCAAGCAGAAGGUGGCGCCUAUGAACUUUGUUGCGCACUUCUGCAUAUUUAUGAUAGAUUCACUUGUAGGAACACGCUUGAAAGGAAGAUACUGU